CGACGUUGCCCCGUGUACUUCGUGCCGUCUUUUUUUUGAAUAUAUACUUUAUUUAUUUAUUAAAAAACCUUAUUGGUGGACAAAAAUAGUAAUUAUUGAGGAUUAUUGAAUAGUGCCUAAAUGAUGAGCUUUUCAGUGCAGCUACAAAUUUAAAGUGUUUUGUGUAUAUUAUAUGGACAUUGACUUUUAACUGGACUUUAAAGUCUUUUUAAAUAAUAAUGUAAUUUAAGUUGUUUGUUUAAAAUCCACAGUGGUACGUUUUUUAAUAGAAACAGUGGGCCAAAAAUCAAAAAACCUAACUAGGAUUUGUAAUGUUUCACUAAAAACUGGACAAAAUGAUGCGUUGCCACAAAAAAACUAAGGAAAGUGGCUUUUUCGAGGGCGACUCUACCGAAUCAGAAAUAAUGACAAAAGCUCUGAAAAGGACUAAAGUGUUCACGACAUCCGGUGACGGAAAAUGGAUUGUGGAAUACACUCAGGAAGAUCUGGAAUCUCAGAUCAGAAACAGUGUGAACAGUAAAGUUAAUCUGUCUGGAGUGGAUAGAGUUGAUAUGACCCAUUUCGAUUUGCUCAAAGUACUCGGAACUGGAGCAUAUGGUAAAGUGUUCCUAGUAAGAAAACGUGGAGGAUCGGAUGAUGGUCGGCUCUACGCAAUGAAAGUGCUCAAAAAAGCGACGAUAGUGCAAAAGAAAAAGACUACUGAGCAUACGAAAACCGAAAGACAAGUUUUAGAAGCGGUCAGAGAUAAUCCGUUUCUGGUCACCCUUCACUACGCCUUCCAGACCGAUGCCAAAUUACAUUUAAUUUUAGAUUAUGUAGCAGGAGGAGAACUAUUCACUCACCUGUACCAACGUGAACAUUUCACAGAAGAAGAAGUCCGAAUCUACAUAGGAGAAAUCAUUCUGGCUUUGGAAAAAUUGCAUGCGCUGGGCAUCAUCUAUAGAGACAUCAAACUAGAAAACAUCUUAGUAGACGACAAAGGCCACAUAGUCCUGACAGAUUUCGGCCUGUCAAAAGAACUUUCUAGCAAUGACGGCGAACAACGAGCCUACUCUUUCUGUGGUACCAUCGAGUACAUGGCGCCCGAGGUGGUCAAAGGCGGUACCCAGGGGCACGAUAUUGCCGUUGAUUGGUGGUCUGUAGGAGUUCUCACUUACGAGCUGCUUACGGGGGCUUCACCGUUUACAGUGGAAGGAGAACGGAAUACUCAGCAGGAAAUUUCUAAGAGGAUUUUGAAAACUACACCACCGAUACCUGAAUAUAUAGGAAAAGAUGUGGCAGAUUUCAUAACAAAACUCCUAGUCAAAGACCCGAGAAGACGUCUGGGAGGCGGCGAAGACGACGCCAAAGAACUGAAAAGGCACUCAUUCUUCAAAACUCUAGACUGGGACAAACUUGCCCGCAAAGAAAUCUCAGCUCCAUUUGUACCAGUAAUCAAAAGCGAACUAGAUGUAUCCAACUUCAGCGAAGAGUUCACAACAAUGCCGCCUACCGAUUCACCUGCUGUGGUACCACCCAACUACGACAAACUGUUCAAAGGGUACUCAUAUGUAGCACCUUCAAUAGUAUUUUCCAGAAACGCUAUUUCUGAAAAAAGUCCUGGUUUACAGGCAAACUUGCUUAAAUCCCAACUGGAUGACUCUCCAUUUUUUCAGCAAUACGACAUGGACUUGAGCGAGCCAGCUUUGGGUGAUGGUACCUUUUCGAUUUGUCGCAGGUGCACGCACAAGGCUUCAGGCAAAGAGUUUGCAGUUAAAAUAAUCGGCAAAGUGCGAGAUUGUACUCAGGAAAUUAAUCUUUUAAGAGCCUGCCAAGGACAUGCAAAUAUAGUCAAUUUGCAUGAGUGUUUACAUGAUGAUCACUAUACUUAUUUGGUAAUGGAGUGUCUUAAAGGGGGCGAGCUGUUUGAUAGGAUACGCAACAAGACAAAAUUCUUAGAAAGCGAGGCUUCUGCUAUCCUGAAAAAACUUGUUAGUGCAGUUAGUUUUAUGCACUCUCGAGGAGUGGUGCAUAGAGACUUGAAACCUGAAAACUUAGUUUUUACUUGCCAGGAUGGUGAUGCCGAAAUUAAAAUUAUUGAUUUUGGAUUUGCCCGCUUGAAACGUGAAAAAGAGUCUUUGCAUACACCCUGUUUCACUUUGCAUUAUGCUGCUCCAGAAGUGCUCAAAGGUGAUCCAGAAGGUUAUGACGAGAAUUGCGAUUUGUGGAGUUUAGGAGUAAUUUUGUAUACGAUGUUGUGUGGAAAGGCACCUUUCCAUGCCAGGUCUAGAGAUGAAAGUGUUGGGUCUAUAAUGGAAAGGAUUAAGUGUGGAGAUUUUAAUUUUGACUCUCCUGCUUGGGAAGAGGUUUCGCUUGAUGCCAAAAAUGUUGUUGAAGGGCUUUUGACUGUAACCCCAAGUCAACGAUUGCGAAUGAGUGAUUUGCAAAACAAUAGUUGGGUGCAAGGACAUCAGAAUUUGCCUCAGAAUAUUUUAAUGACGCCUGAUAUAUUAGGCUCCAGUGCUGAAAAGACUUUGCAAACUACAUUUAAUGCUUUUCAUCAAGCUGAGCGAGAAGGGUUUCGGUUGCAAGAUGUUUUGAGUGCCAAAUUAGCCCAAAGGAGACGCAAAAAGAAAAGUUCUAGUGAUAAUACAAGCACUAGUUCGUUUACUAGUGAAAGCUCUUCUAAGCCUGCAACAACAUGUGAGUCUAGGGUAGAUGUAAGAGAAUCUACUGGUUCAAGUGGCAUUGUGGUGUCAAUAGAUUCAAAAACUCGGAGACGGGAGCGCAAAGUUUACGAAAAAACUCGCCAAAGCGAAAGGAUUUUGCGUAAAAGACUGGAAAUCGACUGCGAUACCGACGUUUUUGUCUCUCUACCUAACAGAACCAGAAAAAGGAAACUCGUCGACGAUACUGAUCUGUGCAGUACUCCUACUAAAAUAAGGAAAAAAGUUGUUCCCUUACAUAAAAAGAAAGGGGCUCGCUAAUUUAUUUAUUGUUGAGAAAAAAUGCCUCUUUUUAGCUGUCUAAAUCAAAUAUGUAAAGGAUGUAGGGUUGAUUGACAUCUUCAUUGUAAUUCAAUUUACCCACAACCAAUUAACUCAUGUUAAGUUAUCAGACAAUUUACCUGAAAUGUGAAAGAUAUCAGAUAAAAUUCAAAGUUUUAAAGGGUGAAAUGUAGUAAAAGACCUUUCGGAAUUAAGGUCACAUACAGAUAUUUCUGACAAUAUGACAUACAACAUGACAUACACUGUAGAUAAAUUUAAUUGUGAGAUUGUUCCAAAUUUUGAUUUCAGUACAGUCCCAUGAUUUUUAUUGAUUUAAAAAUUUCAAUAAUUCCUAAUUUGAACCACAUCGUUGAUUUUCUUGAUCCAACUGUUAUGGAACUUAUCCAACCCCAUCCAUUUUACAAAAAUUGUACUCCGUUUCUGUUGUAGGACUUUCUCUGCAGGAAAUACGUCAUUCUGUUUGGUUUUCUAUAAUUUUUCUUCAUAAAACCCACCUCUUAUAGGUUGCUUACAAGUACUUUAACAACUUUGCCACCUUAUAAAAACUCGAUUUUUUAAUUUUUCAAUUUUGCUCAAUUUUGAUUUUACCAAUCGAUAGAGCGAGUUAAAAUUAGUGGAAAAUCACUCUGACAUUAUUUUCAAAUAAGAUGCAAAAAAAUUAACAAGAAAAUCGUAUUUUUGGGUCUGGAAAAUUUUCAACAUUUUGACAUGGCUAUGUGCAAUUGCCCAUAUCUUUGUUGAAAUUUGAGCAAAUCAAAAUAAAUUAUAUAUCAUUGGAAAGAGCAUUAAAUUCUCUAUAAAUCUGUACUGAAUUGAGUUUUGUAAGGCAAAUAGUUUCUGAGCAAUCGAGCCUCAAAAUUCACUUUUAGUCCAAAUUUUGUCAAAAACUUCAAUAUCAAUUUUCUAAAAAACUGUAAACCUAGGAAUAUUGUAAAUUACAGGUUAUUUAGAGCAUAAGAAGAGCUACAAAUGCUGGAAAUUUUAACUCAAUUUGUCCAACGGUUAAUGGGAAAUUGAGGUUUGAAGAUUUUCGAAUUAAAAUUCAAAGGGGUUACCCUUUUUUUUAAUUUUUCAGUUUUGCUCAAUUUUGACUUUUCCAAUCGAUAGAGCGGGUCAAAAUUAGUGGAAAACAACUCUGACAUCAUUUUCAAAUGGCCUUUUUAAAACGCAAAAAAAUUAACAAGAAAAUCUUAGUUUUGGCUCUGAGAAAUUUUCAAAAUCUUGACAUGGCCAUGAGCAAUUCCUCAUAUCUUUGUUAAACUUUGAGCAAAUUGAGAUAAAUUAUAUAUCAUUGGAAAGAGCAUUAAAUUCUCUAUAAAUCUGUACUAAAUGGAGUUUGCUAGUGCAAAUAGUUUCUGAGCAAUUGAGCCUCAAAGUUAACUUUUAGUCCAAAUUUUGUCAAAAACUUCAAACUCCAUUUGCUCAAAAACUAUAGAUCUGGAAAUAUUGUAAAUUACAGGUUUUUCAGAGCUUAAUGAGAGUUUCAAAUGCUAAAAAUUUUAACUCAAUUUGCCAAAUGGUUAAUAAAAAAUUGAGGUUUGAAGAUUCUGAAAUUAAAAUUCAAAAUAAAAAAUCCUGACAUGGCUGUGUGCAAUUGCCUAUAUCUUUGUUAAAAACUUUGAGCAAAUUGAAAUUAAUUAUGUAUCAUCGGCAAGAGCAUUAAAUUCCCUAUAAACCUGUACUAAAUUGAGCUUUAACAAGCUAAAAUUCAGUACAGAUAUUUCUGACAAUAACAUACCAUACAACAAUUUUGCAAUAUUUAAUAAUUUUAUCUGCCAACUAACUACAGUGUAAAUUGUCUGAUAACCAAGUUAAAACUGAAAAGAAAAAUGUGAUAUCAUAAAAAUAACAAAACAAUAUUUGUACCAGGGACAAUUUUCGUAUACAAAAGAUUUCUUCUCUUAUGAAAAUUUUCCUUUGUACCUUAAUUUAUUUUUACACACAUGAAAAUGAAACAAAAGUGCACUUCCUACAUGAAACAGAGAAAGAUAAAAAAAAAAGAGUUUAUAUAUUAUUAUAUAUACAUCAUUAUACCCUAUUAUUAUUACCAAAAAAAAAUUGUAUAGUUAUUUUAAUGUAAAUAAUUAUUUCUUUGUAACAAUUAAUUGUUAAAAGUAUAAGAAAAUUAAUAAUCAAUAGGGCGGUUGCAAUCGUUUGUAUUUUAUUUUAUUUUUUGUAGAAAACAGUAUUAAUUUAUUUGGAAAUUUGUAAUCAUUUCUUGUCAGGGGCGCAGCCAAAGGGGGGCCAGAGAAAAAUAGAAAAAUAAUUAAGUAGACAAAAGUUGUAAACUUCUUGUAUUAAAAAUACGUUUUUGAUUUGUAUUAUGUGAAGAAAAUCCAAGAACAAUACUGGAUUUCUAUCAAAAAAUAUCAUUCUUUAGAGUUUGCAACAAAACGUAGACGUGACAAUCUGUACCUACUUUGGUUCAAAACCAAAAGCCAUGUUUCACCUAUUUGAGUCAACCUGUAUUUAAGUUAUAGUUGCAGGAUCUGAGUUUACAAUUUCCGAGCGGUUGUGACGUCACGCUUCCAUGGUUGUUUUGCAAAUAUCUCGAAAACCCUUAAGGCAUAAAAUGAAAUAUUAUUCUUAGAAAUUUUGAUUUGUGGUUUACACACCAUUCAAAGGAUAGUGAGUCUGUGUACAUACAUUCCUUCAAUUUUUUCUGAUAUAAUGUCUGGCUGCGCCACUGUUUCUUGUUGUGUGAUCUCAUUUUUAUUUUUUGAAUUGUUGCUCAUUUAAAUAAGCGUGCAUCCGUCUAAACAAAAAAAAAAUUGUUUGUUUCUUUUGAAGUCACUUUUUAAUAAUUGUAUAAGUUUGUAAAAGUUUUGCGCACUCUCAGGUAAUUAUUUUUAAUAGUUUAAAUUAAUUAUUAGGUCUGUUCCAACCGACAUUGGAACAAAUCAUUUGUCAAAUAACUUAUUGAAAAAUAGGUGGGCAACUGGAAAUUACUGGUUCUCAUGUCAGUUGGAACAGAGCUAUUGUUAUUUAGGGAAUUCCUCUAAAAUAUUGUACUUUUUAGUUUAGCUAAUUUUAUACCAACAGAUUUUUAGUUGUUAAAAGCCUCUAAUGAUUAUUGGGAAUUAUUUAUUUUAAUACGUAAUUGAAUGAGAGAGAUUUAGAUAAAUUUAAGACCAAAAUGUAAAAGAAUAUGGACAGCAGUGCCUUGUUGAAUUUUUUCGUUGAUGUUAGUAUUGGGCUUUUUUGGUUUUUAGUAUAAACAAUUUGUUGUUAACCAUUUUAUCGGCCCUAGCGUUGAAUUGAAUAAUGAAAUAAAUCAACUUUUUUUUUCUGAUUAUUUGAAGUAUUUUGUUUUAUUUUGUUGGGGAAUGGACGAAGCAGGUCUGCAGGUACGAUGAAUAAUUGAAAAACCUUAAAAAUCUCAUAAGUGAGUGGUACAGUACUCAACCGAACUAACAGGCUUUGCAGAAAAGUGAAGGACUGAUAGAUUUAAAAUGGUAUAUUAAAAGCAUCAAUUUAUUUAUUUCAACUAUAACAAUAGGUACAAUAAAUCACAAUAAUUUUGUAACAUGAAUUAUUAAUUUUUAUUGUUUCAGGCAGUGUAAUAAACUAUAAAUUAUUGUUAAAAGCAUAGUACCACCCUAUUGAUAUUUUUCAAUAAUAUAAUUGCAUCUGUAAGUUUAUUAAAUUUAGUACCUACUUAUUACCAAAACAUAACAAGCAACUACUUUUUGUUAUUAAAUAAAAUUGACUUACUACUUUUACAAUAAAUUUUUUUUGACAUCCUACCCUACAAUGACUCUUUAAACUCAAACUAACUCCUAGAAAGUUUCAACGACUUAUAAUACAAAUUACAACAUCAAAGUUUGAGGUAAGAAAAAACAACUCAUUGUCAUUUAUUAUUGCUUAAAAAUUGUGAAUUUUUAAAAGCACCAAAACCCCAGCUACAAGUGACAUCGAGGCAGCUACAAACGAGCUUCCAUUACAAUUGUUGCCAUCACAAGCGCACACUUCUUGUCUGCCACCGAAUCCUGAUCUCUGAUAACAACGAUUUUUGUACUGAGAAUCUUCCCAGCCACAAGUUCUAAUCACUCUACUAUCAGGUUGAA